AUGUCUGCCUCGGCCAGAAAUCCUGUUGUGAAAAAGAAGCAUGUUCGUUUCGCUAGAAUGGAGGAGGAUGAUGAUAACGAUGACCAAGAGGAAGAUACUCUGUUUGACAAGAGGAAAGACACGAGACGAGGGCUGAAGAGUGUAAUGAAAGGGAGGAAGAGAAGUUCGAAUUCGGAGUUCGAUGAUGAGGUUGAAAUCAUCGGUGGAGGUGGCAGGGCCAGCGGUUCUGGAGGCUGCAGCAGCUGGGUGAUCAGUUUAGCGCUCUGUGCAUCAUUCCUCGGCCUGGUAAUGAUGAAUGCUUGUUAUUAGACUAGUAGGCCAGCCCAAGGGACUGAAUUUGUCCAUUCUGUCAUCAUAUUUACCUUUAUAACUUAGAAUUGAAUAGGGUCUCUGGUUUUAUUGCAUAGUUUGUUUUGCAUGGAAAUUAUUGUUAGGAUUGUUUCCCUAUCAUCAUAUCUUCACUAAAAUAUAGGUUCUCUGUAAAUGUUUUAAAGCUUCAUCUUAUUGAGUCUCACAUAGUCAGUGACUAUUCCCAUUGAAUAACAUCUAGCCUUUCCAAGAUUCAUUCAUUGAGUUCAUUAGUUAUGUGAUUGUGGUUGUUUUAUUGGCGUUUAAGACAAUGGUUACUUUUUUAUUCUCUGGUAAAAUGAGGGUUGUUAGGCAAAUAUUCUGAAUGAGCAGGGUUUGCAUUUCAUGGCUGUAAAACUGGUUCUUCAACUUAAGAACAGGUUUAAGCUUUUACUUUCUGGCACCUGUCCAAAGGUACAAUUUUGAAUAACUGUCAUCUUACUGAAAGGGAAAUGAAACACAAAAUGUCACACUGUAUAUUAUUUACCAUUGGCUGCCACACAUAAAGUUCAAAAUACCCUUAGAAUAUUACUGUAUGGAUCCUAGAAAAAUGUAUCCUAGAAAAUGAUAGGGCCCUAGUUGCUACCACUGUUUGCCAGAGAACUCUGAAAAAGUUCUGAGAUAUGCGCAGGGCUGUAUAUUACUUAUACUUGCCUGUACUAGUAAGUGUUUUCUUAUUUCUGUGUUCCAGGGGAUGAGUAUCUCUGUUUUAGGCCCCACAUUUCAAGACCUGGCCAUCAACGUCAACCAGAACAUCAGCAACAUCUCCUACAUCUUCGUAGGCCGCUCGAUGGGCUAUAUAGGCGGCUCUGUGUUGUCAGGGAUUCUCUUUGACUACAUCAACAGCCAUCUGCUGCUGGGUAUGUCUAACAGACUAAAAUAUACCUAGCCUUCACUCAAACACAAAUACAUGGUGUCCAUUGGCUCUGAAAAACAUUAGAUUUAACCUCUAAGAUAUUAUUGUAGUCCUGUGUGGCUAUGAGCUCGUAGAGCAUGGCGCUAGCAGGAUCAUAGGUUUGAUUCCUGCUGGGGCCACCAAUAUGAAAUAUGUAUGCACGUAAGUCGCUUUGGAUAAAAGCGUCUGCUAAAUGGCAUUUAUUAUUAUUAUUAUUAUUAUUAUUAUUAUUAUUAUUAUUAUAUUAGUAUACAGUAUGCACUGUAAAUGCAUCUCCUUUGCUUGUCAAAGAAUGCUGUAGGUUGUUUUUGUGGGUGAUCAUGACCUUUAUACAGGGCAUGGUGCAUGCUGGUUGAAUACACCCCACUUCUCCUAACACUGUAUCUUCUCCACAGGCCUCUCCAUGUUGGUAACAGCGUUUGGGAUGUUUGCCAUCCCUUUCUCUAAGACGGCCCUUCUUCUCACUGCUCUGAUGUCCAGUAUUGGAGUUUCCAUGGGCUUUCUAGAUACAGGUACAGUUAAUCUCACAGUCUUUAUCUUUAAAAUAGUAAAUAAGUAUCUGCACACAGUACAAGAAGUGGUUGUCAGUGAAUGUCUCUGAUGCUGUUUACUGUCCUCUCUGGUAGGUGGUAAUGUCCUGAUCCUGCAGACGUGGGGGGAUCAGGCUGGCCCCCACAUGCAGGCCUUGCACUUCAGCUUCGCCGCUGGGGCCUUCGCCUCGCCCAUCAUCGCCAAGUUGCUCUUUGGAACGGACUUGGACCUGGAUGUGGCAACAAACAGCAGCAUGGAAGCCCCGGUGGCAAACUCCAGCUCCCCGCCUGUCACAGACCACUUGUCCCAACCCGGGUCUUCUUCUGUUGUCAUGCGCUUCGUCCACAGUAGCAGCACCCUCAAGUCCAUGUGGGCCUACGUUGUGAUCGGUGGUUUCAUCCUGUUCAUCUCCCUCAUCUUCUUCAUCCUCUACGCCCGCCACAGCCCCUCUAGGGGCAGGGCCCAGACCCCCUCAGGGAAACCCCUGGUGUCCAAGCACCACAACGCACUCAUCACCAUGCUUUUUGUUUUCUUCUUCUGGUAUGUGGGGGCCGAGGUGGCGUACGGCUCCUUUAUCUUCACCUAUGCUAAGGAUUACAUUCAUAUGGACGAGGCCCAGGCAGCAGGGCUCAACUCCCUGUUCUGGGGGACGUUCGCUGCCGGCCGGGGCCUGGCCAUCUUCUUUGCGGCCUGCAUGCACCCAGGCACCAUGAUCCUACUGAGCCUGGUGGGUUCCACCCUGUCCUCCCUGUUCCUCACCCUCUUCAACAGGAACAGGGUGGCCCUGUGGAUCUGCACUGGUGUCUACGGUGCCUCCAUGUCGACCACUUUCCCCAGUGGGAUCUCCUGGGUGGAGCAGUACACCACAGUGACCGGGCGCUCUGCUGCGGUGUUCGUGGUGGGGGCGGCCCUGGGGGAGAUGGUGCUGCCCGCCCUGGUGGGCUUCCUGCUGGGGAGGAUCGAUGAUCACCCCCUGCUGAUGUACCUGGCCCUGGGCACCGCCACCAUCACCUCCAUCCUCUUCCCCUUCAUGUUCUGGCUGGCCUCGUCCCCCAGCGGCCCCAGUAGGACACCCCGUACCAGGGGCCGCAUGGAGCCUGACGACAGCGAGUACCGCCAAGCCCUGCUGGACUCAGGCGCCAAUGAUGAGGAAGAGGAACAGAAGCAGGAUGACGAGGCCGACCAGUGGAAUGAUGCCGACUUUGAGGUCAUCGAGAUGGAUGACGCCAGCCUUAUGAACUCUCCUAAUAUAGCGUCAUUCUCAUCUCCUAGUAAAGCGCUCUCUUUAUCUCCUAAUAAAGCUUUGUCAUCUCCUAACAAAGGGCUUCCACCACCUGAUGUUGCUGGGACAUCAUGGGACACCACUGCCACAUCUGUCCCCUCUACUGCCCAGUACCUAGAGCCAACGGUUGGUGCCUCAUUCUCAGACUCUAUCUCUCUCCAGGGUGACUCACCCAGACGGAAACUGUUGCGUUCCCUGGACCGGCAGAAGAGAGACUAGGGGUUAGAUUCAAUCAGCUCAUGCAUUAACCAGCGAUUGCCGACACCCGAAUAGCUGGUGUUUUGGUGGUGUCGGUGGUGUAACUGCAUUAGAGCUGUCAAAUCAGAGCGGCUGAUUGUGUGGUAUUUGUCCCGAAGCCACACCCAUCCCACUCAUGUUAGAAGUUCAGAAGGAGAAAGUGUAGGCUAUAUAGAAAUAAUGACGCUCAAAUUUAAAAUCAUUAAACAAAAUGAGGAUUUCUAUCAGCCUAAUCGAGGUGUAGAUUAUAUCUCACAUUCCACUAAACAACUUGUAAGUAGGCUGCGUGAGAUUUAUCUUAAUUAGACUACGUGCAGCCAAUGGCAAUAUCCACUUUAGGUAUAAUGCCGGGAGCCACUUGUGGAUUUGACAGCUCUAAUACAGUUCCACCUCUGACACCGGCCAAAACAACUGGGAGCCUGGGAUUCAAUCGGAUUAGCAGUAAGGCCGGGAUUCAAUCCUAAAGCCAGGAUUGGAUCCGAUCGUGCUUUGUCUGCAAUGCACCUUUUAAAGGCAAUUUUCUCGCGUUCACGGAGACCACAUUUACAGUCAAUGCUGCAUAUGCCGGCUCAAUCGGAAAUUACCUUUAAAUGGUGCAUUGUCACAAAGUGCGAUCGGAAUGAAUCCUGGCCUAUGGGCUCUAGUCUGUGAAAUGCACCAUGACUCCAAGUGCUUUAAAGACAUUACUGUAUUCUAGAAGAGCCAUGGCUCUCUUCAGAGAAACUUGUUAAUGUCUGAUUGUCAGUGACUGUAAUUUGACUUGUGCUUCUUUAGUGUAAUACUCACAUGUAAAUGUUUGAUACUACAGAUUUACAGUGCAAUAUAAGUUUACCCCACUCCAACAGUUUAUGUCUACUAUAUUAUUUGAAGCUGUACGCUUUGGCGUAAAUGGUAUUUGUUUAAACAUUAAGGCCCCUUGCCACUGUUGCUGGUAAUGAAUAAGAAAGGUUGCACUACUGUGAAGACUCAAUGUAACACUAAAAACAUUUUCUUUUAGAUAUCCUAAAGAUGUCAUUUUCUUUGUAAUAUUUUAUUUAGUAAUAUGUGAAUUAUCAGCAGUUAAAGAUAGGAAUUUAGCCACCAAUGUGGCCUGAUUAUGAAUAAUUUGUUUUUGUUAGACCUUUGUUUGAAUAGAUGCCGCAUUCACGUGCUAGUCUAAACUAGGAAACAACAAUUUUAGACUUGCUAACUUGUAGAAAGAUGAUCCCGAGUUUCCCACUUGGAAAGUAUCAGAAUCAACCCACUGGGCACAGAUGUCAAUUCAACAUCUAGUCCACGUUGGUUCAACAUAAUUUCAUUGAAAUGACGUGGCAAUGUUGAUUCAACCAAUGUAUGCCCAGUGGGAACCACUAUACAAAUAAGUUACGUUCAUUUUAACGCGGAGGUAUGGAGUUUCCAAUAGCACAUGAACACGGCACAAGUUUGUUUAUUUGCACUGUUCUGUAAAAAAAUAAUUUUGAUUUAAUUAUUGUGCUGUGAUGAAUUUAUUGUCUAGUAAUCUGUCAUUUUUCAUUCAGAUGUGUGAUCUUUGUUAAAGUUAAUAUCUCUUGAAUUUUUCUAUGAAAACAAAUCAAAAUCAUGACAAAAUACUAAACACAAAGACUAAAGAAUUUAAUACAUUUUAUUAUAUCAACCUCCACCCACAGCAAUGUCCAUUAAAAACAAAGCAAAAAACACUUCCUUCAUAUUUUUUUGUACAUUUACAUUUAUACAAAUACACAGAUCCUGUGUAGAGUUGUUUGGGAAAUAAUAUAAUCCAUCUUGACAUGGGUAGAUGGCAUAUGCUGUUUUAACAUGGAGAAAGCAUUAGAAAUGUGUACAAAACAAAUAUGCACAAGGAAAUAAUAUAUACUCUUGCCAUAAAUUAUCAAAUACAGUAUUGCAACAGUCCCAGAAGUAAAAACUUAAAUGAAUACUCCCCAUCCUCUUUUGAUAGGCAUUAGUGCCUCGGAGUAUAAUGAUAUGCUUUUUCAAAACUGACAAAUACAAUCGAGGCUAAAAGAAACAAAUGUAUUAACAUGGCACACAAACAGAAUGCAUUAAAACAAGUUUAUUUGUUUUUAUUUUUUAAUGCCGAUGCACAGAGAGAAUUCAAAAUGGGCACUUUACAAUAAUUAUUUACCAAAGAUUGUAUUUGAUAUAAAAGGGAAAUGUAGUUAAACAGUGGUUUAUUUAGUCAACUUUUGAGUUGUAAGGAGCUCCUUAGAAAUACUGUUCAGACUUUUUAAGUCUUGCAUUUACAAAUUGCUACAGCGCAUACAAAAUAAAACGGUAGGGUCCUCUUCGAUCAGAGUUAAUGCCAUCUUUAUGAUGCAGACGAGACCAUCUUCAGAUACACCAUCUGAAGAAAAAACAUCAGCUUCAAUCACAACCAACCAAUAGCAGCUAAUGAAGACACAGUGAGAGUGGGAGAAUGAACCCUAAAAAAACACUCCCUCGCCUCCCACAGGAGGCCAAACCCAGCCAGUCUGCACUUAGAGCAGAAAUACUUGUAUAACAACAGGACAACAUGAAAACCCAACGGGGUUCAAUCAAAGCACCAUUUAAAAAGAAAAAAAAGACAGGGAAACACUGAGCUGGAUGAGACAACGUUGGUUUAGCACCAGAGUAGCUGUGCUGCGCGGGGCAGUGGGGCCAUUCAGAAUCAGAACUGCUCCAGGAGCUGUCGGAGGUAUGGGGCCUUGGUGAGCUGUCUGUUGACCCGGGACAGCUUGUAGAGCACAGGACAGUCCAGAGACACACACGGAACCUGCCGCUCCGCACUGCCGCUGCAGUUCCUACAGAUCUGGACCAAUAGAAAACAGGAGGUUGGUUAAUGGAGUUUAAAUUCUAGCUACAGAACGUCACCAACCAGUUUGAGUGAACUUUCCCUCUAAUAUUACAUGAUAACAGGGCUAAAAAUAGAACUCUAAGCUUAGCUCUAUUUCCAUCUCGCUGUACUCUGACUCUCUAAACUAAAAUGCAGACAGUGCUUGGAGACUAUCCAGCAUGACCUCUUCACAAUAGCAGCAGCUUGUGGUACACUACAUAACCAAAAGUGCUGACGUUGCUUCCAGAGGCAGUUUGGAACUCGGUAGUGAGUGUUGCAACCGAGGACAGGCGAUUUUUACGCGCUACGCGCUUCAGCACUCGGCGGUGUCGUUCUGUGAGCUUGUGUGGCCUACCGCUGAGCCGUUGUUGCUCCCAGACGUUUCCACUACAUAAUAACAGCACUUACAGUUGAACGGGCCAGCUCUAACAGCGCAGAAAUGUGACGAACUGACUAGUUGGAAAGGUGGCAUCAUAUGACAGUGCCACGUUGAAAGUCACUGAGCUCUUCAGUAAGGCCAUUUUACUGCCAAUGUUUGUCUAUGGAGAUUGCAUGGCUCUGUGCUCGAUUUUAUACACCUGUCAGCAACGGGUGUGGCUGAAAUAGCCGGAUCCACUCAUUUGAAGGGGUGUCCACAUACUUUUGUAUAUAUAGUGUAGCCCCCCCCCCCCCCCCCGACCUUUCACCUUUAGCAGCUGGUCCUGCUGGCUCUCCCACAGCCGCAUGUCCUGGUAGAGAGUGACGGCCACGCGUUGGGGCUCGGCCCGGCAGCUGGCACACACCCCUAGCUGGGUGAGCUCGUCACACACAGGACAGUGCAGAGUGGUGAAGUACUGGGAGAUGGUCCCCUUCCUCCCUACCACCUCCCCUCUGGCCACCAUGGAGCAUGACGCCUUCUGGACCUGAACACAGAGGACAUGUUUAGAGCCAUGGACUAGGUUAGAUUUGUGGUCAUAUAUAAAGGUAUUGUUCAUCAAGACUGUAAUUCACUAUUUGACAGGUCAGACUAUUUUUGUUAAACUCAUUUCAUGGAGGGCCUAGUGUCUGCGGGUUUGUGUUUUUUCCUUUCAAUUAAGACCUAGACAACCAGGUGAGGAGAGUUCUUUACUAAUUAGUGACCUUAAUUCAUCAAUCAAGUACAAGGGAGGAGCAAAAACCCGCAGACACUCGGCCCUCCGUGGAAUGAGUUUGACACAUGCUCUCAAACAGUGUUUCCCAACCGCACACGUUUUUGUUGUAGCCUCGGACGAACCCACCUGAUUCAACUCAUCCAGGGCUUGACAAGUGGAAUCAGGUGAGUUUGUCUGGGACUGCAACAAAAACAUGUACUGUUGGAAACACUGCAGGACUGGAGUUGAGAAACACUGGUCUAAAAGAGCUAAGCCCCCUUGCCCUUCAGUCUGAAGCAGGCUAACGAGACAACAGUAUUAAAUCCGCAUGUCCUUUACACAACUCGCCACUAGAUGGCAUCAUUAGCAUUUCAAAAGGGCAGUGCCUCUAACAAUUACUUGGGUACGAGAUUAGAUAUUUGUCUCAUUUGAUUCCCGACAUGUAGCCCUUUUUUCUUUUGUUCUCUGUCUGCACGACAGUCUGGACAAAGCUUUCAAAAGCACCAUCUCUGCUUCAGUGGUCUGUGUGUGUCAGCAAACAUCUAUUCUCUCCAGCAUGGAUCAAUCAUCAGUUUGAUGAAUCCCAGUAACUAUUUAACUAGAAGAGCAUUUUGGUUGGAGACCAGAGGGUCUAUCCUUUAAGGGUCCACCGACCCCCCUCCACCCGCACCGCUCUUUCAUAGCCUCACCCUGGGGAGUUCCUGGUACCAGUUGAGCACGUCCACGCCGAUGAGCUGGAAGAUGCGCUGCAGCGGGGGCAGGAUCUGCUUGGUGAUGUAGUAGGUGGCGUUGAGGCGCAGACCCGGGUCCUGCAGCACCUCCAGGGGCCGCCGCACCAGCUGGAUGAGAGGCACGCCAGGCGUCCCGUACACAAUCACGUAGGGCACCCGCUCGCCCACCCGUGGCUCCAGGCGCCGGUCAUAAACCAUCAUACGCCUGGGGGGAGAGUUGGGAGAUGGGGGUGUCAGGACACAGCAGUGGAAUGGCUGGUUCAUGCUAAUCUAGCACCCCAAAUAUGUGCAGUGGUAUAGGACCACACAUACAUACAGUAUUCAGAUUUUAAUGGAUUAAUUUAUCACAAGAAAAAUUUUAUUUUGUUCAAAACCAAAGCAUGAUGCAUUUGCUCCUUGUUUUUGUACUGCAGUAGUAUUAGUGACUAUAAUAAAUUGUAAUACAUUUCCUGAAUCACACAGAAUAUUUUCCCCAUUUAACCAUGUCUCUGAAAUCAGGUUUUGCCACCCAUUAUUGGCUGGGUUGCUAAGCAACUGUCUCAGGUACAGUACACUGAGCUAGGCCGGUCGUAGUGCAGGCAGACAAUGGGCAUUGUGGGGAAUCAGUAAGUGGCUUCACAACGGGCACACAGCCAGACGAGAGGGGAGGAAGGUCUCACACACACUCUUCGACCCCACAUCAACAAGCCACUCCACAGAAACACACUAAUUAGACAUGCAGUUACAUUUAGGCACUACCAUAUUGUCAACACACAAGAUUUCUCAAAGAUGCUUCUGUUAAUUCAACACCGUCAUGUCAUAAACACACGCUACGACCACCCUCCCCCUCGGGCGGUAUGUUGUUGGUGUACCUGGUGAGCUCCAGAGCAGGGACGCAGGCCCCCGGCCGGUAGGAGCUGCUGCCCCUGUACUCCUUAGCGAAGGUCAGGUCCUGCAUGCUGGCCUUGGCCUCCAGCACCUUCACACACUGACGCUGCACAAACUGUUUCACCUGGCUGAUAUCCCGCGUCUCAAACAGCAGCUUGAUGGAACGCUCCAAAAUCUACGGAGACGGGGGAGUUCACACAUACCAGACACCAGUCUAUAAACUAUAUAUCGACCAGGCUGACUGUGAUAGUAUAGAAUGUUCAGACAAGGACUGAUUGCCAUGUGUGUCCUUUGUAUUCAUCUGAGCAUUGGGCUGCUAGUAGAAAUCUGGCGUGACUGUGAAGGGUGUAGACAGAGAGAGAGAGAGAGCAGGCAGAAUCGGUCAAAUGUUGCUGGUUACCUUGGAAACAGCAGGGCAUCCGUCUCGGCGCACUGUUUCGAUCCCCUUGGCGUCGAACACGGGGUCCUUCUGGUCCAGGCUCUCGUACAUGUAGCCCACGUAGCGCUUCUUUGUCUGGAGCACGCACGGGAGAUACACCUGGGAUCACACACACACACACACACACACACACACACACACACACACAGACACACAGAGAGGGAUUAAACUAAUGGUUCUGUAAUUAAUCCACAAACACACAUACAGACAGACAGACUUAAACAAAUACCACACACACAUACAUUGUGGGCUUCAAUACACUCGUACAGACAGCCAGUCUAGCCACGUCAUACUGUACUGAGCAGAGACUGUACCUUCUCAAACUUCAGCUUGACAGGUUUAGGGUUGGUAGCAGUCACUGCCUCGGCGAUCUCGUUGCCGAUCUUGAAGGCCUGCUCUUUAGUCGCACCCUUCAGCAGGACAAACAUGCUGGAAGAGACAAGUAGAGGGUAAGAAAAGAGUCGCAGAAAACCAGAGGGCCCAAUAUCUGACGCUUCCCUACCUGUCUGUGUCACCAUAGACAACGUGGGCUCCCCAUUUCUUGGUGUCGUUGACCAGCUUGAUGGCCCUCUCCAGGGUCUCCCUGGCCUUGUGGACAAUACUAUCGGCAACCUAUAGAGACAAUAGAUGGAGACAUGCAUAAGAAAAAGGCUUCCAGCUAAGGUUAGUGGUACAAACCCAACUGACAAAGUAUGGGAUAGAGGGGCAGAGGAGUUAUCAUGGUCAUGGAGUUUUGGGUAAGUGUGCCAGACGUUAGUGUGAACCCUGGGCCCCUCACCUCUACGCUGGGCAUGCGUCCGGAGUAGUUAGCGCCGGUGUAGCCGUAAGUGACGUUGGCGAUGAGCUUGAGUCCCAGCUGCCUGGCGUCCAGGAGCCUCAUCAAGGCCUUGUCCUGCUUGUAAGUCUUCAUGGAGCGCUUCACCAUGAACCGCGUGUUCAGGAUCUCCUCCAACAUACUGGGCAGGACCCCCUUUCUCACCGUGGGCUGA